UUCCAGCAUGGCGCCCGUAAACAUUAUGAACACGGAAGUGCCUGGUCGUUUCCGGUUUUUCGGGCAGGGGGGGAUGAGGGCCCAGCGGCCUCAUCAACAAUUGCUUGAAAGGAUGUUAAGAUGGGAACCAGAUGUAGUUAUCGUCGUCCUUGGGGGAAACGAUAUCACUUCAAGGUGCCAGCCACGUGAUAUUAGUCUGGACAUCCUUAAGUUGUGUCGACUGGUGAAGGCCCGAGGUGUUGCAACCGUGGUGGUGGCCGGCAUUUGCCAGAGGUGGGCAUUUCGCGAUAACGCCCUUACAUCAGACCGCUUCACGGCCAUAGGCAGCGCUAUCAAUCGUUAUGUCAGGAGAUAUUUUCCGGUAUCAUUCAUGGUUCACGUGCGGGAGGAUGUCCACUGGCUUUCAGACGGCGUACAUCUAAGUGACGAAGGAAUGGCAGAAUUUAUGGAGAGUCUAAGGCUGAAGUUGGCCAAGAUUUUUAAACCUAAGGACUUAGUAUUGUAAACAAGGGCUGUUUGUAAAACAUGCAUGCCCCCCAUAUGGGCUCUCCGUUGUAGUGACAGCCAUUGUGUGAAUAUGUUUUUUGUCACUGUGACCUUGACCUUUGACCUAGUGACCUGAAAAUCAAUAGGGGUCAUCUGCCAGUCAUAAUCACUGUACCUAUAAAGUUUCAUGAUCCUAGCCAUAAGCGUUCUUGAGUUAUCAUCGGGAAACCAUCUUACUAUUUCAGGUCAGCGUGACCUUGACCUUUGAUUUAGUGACCUGAAAAUUAAUAGGGGUCAACUGCGAGUCAUGAUCAAUCUACCUAUCAAGUUUCAUGAUCCUAGGCAUAAUCGUUCUUGAGUUAUCAAACCGAAACCAUUUUAGUAUUUUGAGUCAUCGUGACCUUGACCUUUGAUCUAGUGACCUGAAAAUCAAUAGGGGUCAUCUGCGAGUCAUGAUCAAUAAACCUAUGAAGUUUCAUGAUCUUAGGCAUAAGCGUUCUUGAGUUAUCAUCCGGACACCAUUUUACUAUUUCAGGUCACCGUGACCUUGACCUUUGAUAUAGUGACCUGAAAAUCAAAAGGGGUCAACUGCGAGUCAUGAUCAAUCUACCUAUCAAGUUUCAUGAUCCUAGGCAUAAGCGUUCUUGUGUUAUCAUCGGGAAACCAUUUUACUAUUUCGGGUCACCUUGACCUAGUGACCUGCAAAUCAAUAGGGGUAAUCUGCGAGUCAUGGUCCAUGUACCUAUGAAGUUUCAUGAUCCUAGGCCUAAGCGUUCUUGAGUUAACAUUCGGAAACCAUUUUACUAUUUCGGGUCACUGUGACCUUGACCUUUGACCUAGUGACCUGAAAAUCAAUAGGGGUCAUCUGCCAGCCAUAAUCAAUUUACCUACAAAGUUUCAUGAUCCUAGGCAUAAGCGUUCUUGAGUUAUCAUCUGGAAACUAUUUUACUAUUUCGGGACACUGUGACCUUGACCUUUGACCUAGUGACCUGAAAAUCAAUAGGGGUCAUCUACGAGUCAUGAUCAAUCUACCUAUCAAGUUUCAUGAUCCUAGGCCUAAGCGUUCUUGAGUUUUCAUCCGGAAACCAUUUUACUAUUUCGGGUCACCGUGACCUUUGACCUAGUGACCUCAAAAUCAAUAGGGGUCAUCUGCGAGUCAUGAUCAAUGUACCUAUGAAGUUUCAUGAUCCUAGCCCCAAGCGUUCUUGAGUUAUCAUCCGGAAACAACCUGGUGGACGAACCAAUCGACAGACAGACCGACAUGUGCAAAGCAUAAAAAGGGGGGCAUAAAAAGAAUGCAUGUGUGUGCCUCCGAACACAAGUGACACUCGGAUUUUUUUGUAGUGCUGUGCCUCCGAACACAUGUGACACUCGGAAUUUUAUUUAAGUGCUGUGCCUCUAAACACAAGUGACACUCGGAUUUUUUGUAGUGCUGUGCCUCCGAACACAAGUGACACUCGGAUUUUUUUGUAGUGCUGUGCCUCCGAACACAUGUGACACUCGGAAUUUUGUUAAGUGCUGUGCCUCCGAACACAAGUGACAGUCGGAUUUUUUGUAGUGCUGUGCCUCCUAACACAAGUGACACUCGGAUUUUUUGUAGUGCUGUGCCUCCGAACACAUGUGACACUAGGAUUUUUUUUUAAGUGCUGUGCCUCCGAACACACGUGAUACUCGGAUUUUUUGUAGUGCUGUGCCUCCGAACACAAGUGACACUCGGAUUUUUUUGUAGUGCUGUGCCUCCGAACACAUGUGACACUCUGAAUUUUUUUAAGUGCUGUGCCUCCGAACACAAGUGACACUCGGAUUUUUUGUAGUGCUGUGCCUCCUAACACAAGUGACACUCGGAUUUUUUGUAGUGCUGUGCCUCUGAACACACGUGACACUAGGAUUUUUUUUUAAGUGCUGUGCCUCCGAACACACGUAACACUCGGAUUUUUUUUAAGUGCUGUGCCUCCGAACACAAGUGACACUCGGAUUUUUAAACUACAAAUGGAAGAAAAAGCCCGAUAAGGCGAUAUAAGCCGAACCUAGCAACAAUGAAUCUAGUGGUGCCCCUUGCAGAGCCCUGAAUCCAUUUUAGGGAAAGAGGCUCGCUACCCUCAUGAGGGGAAUUUUUUGCAGCGUUUCGCUUUUGGGGGGGGAUUUUUUUACUUUUACUCUCAUUAUUACAUUUUAGGGGGAAUUUUUCCCCCAAAAGGGGAAAAAAGUAUACUUUUCAGUUGGGGGACUGCGGCUGAAAUUCGGCCACAGAUUUGAAAGAUUGAGGGCCCUGCGUUGAUACCCCUGCCACUGAGCAGCUAAUACGAGUUAUAACUAGAAUUGAAUGCGUCGAUUCGAUUACGAUACCAACCCUACUUAAUUCAAUUUAAUUCUUUAAUAUAUAGACAUAGAUACGUAGA